AUGCUACUAACUCUAGCUGACGAAAAUGCGAAAAAUAUAGAUAGUAAACCUAUCCUCAAAGAAUUAUUGUACGGGAGAACACGUAUUUAUACUGCUCUUCCACCUGGCUCUUCUCAUUCUCCAACGAGUUCUAAAUCGUCACCUACUGCGUCCUCGUCUCCACUUUAUUGGCAAUGGCAAUCCACAAUCUCAAGCACUGGAGUUCCAGAAGAAAAAAGUAAGACGGGUGUUUUAUGUAGUCAGGCAAUGCUUUCUUCUUUGGGCUUAGGUCAUGCAGAAGCGGCAGCUGGUGCGGUUGCGAUUCAAUGGGUUCUUAAAGACGGAUUUGGUGAAAUAGGAAAAUUAUUUUUUAUAAAAAGAUUCGCAUAUUCCUUUGAUUCACACCCUAAAUCAUGGAAAAUGAUUAGUGAAGUAUUUGCUAUCACAGGAUACUUUCUCCAACUAUGCACGUGCAUAGCAAAGAAUUCUCUUUUCUUACCGUUAGCUUCUUUGGGAAAUGCUUUUGAAAGCAUUCAAUACAGCAUAUUUGGAGCUACGCAUAUGGCGUUUAUUCGAAACUUUGCUCUUUCUGGAAAUGUUGGCGAUAUUGUGGCUAAAGAUGAUGCGCAAAUGUCUUUGGCGCACUUGCUUGGAAUGCUUUGCGGUAUUGGGAUGAUUACUAUUUCCCAUGAUCCGGCCUUUUUGUUUGGAUGUUUCACUAUUCUUGCACCCAUCAACAUGUACGCUACUUUAGCACUUUUGAACUCGGCACAAUUUGAGAUUUUGAAUCAGGCGAAACUAUCAUUAAUUAGCAGGCAAUAUAUCGAUUGUGGUAAAGUUCCAACUAUGGAAGAACUUAAGGAUAGAGAAAUUGGUUUUGGAGAAUGGGUCAAACCGGGGAAGAGUCCUAUAGGUGUUAAAAUACGUUUAGGAGUUCCUGCAUCAGACGCGUUCCGUAAAACUGAAGACGUGAUGGAUUCCUUGGAUGUAUUAGGGAAUGAAAAUUAUUUACUAAACUAUCAGCCACAUUCCAUCACAAUUGAUAUUCUUUACCAUUCUGAUGCCGAAUCUAACGACGUGAUAAAAUCCAUACUUCAUUCGCUUAAAUUUCACGACUACGUAACUAAGCAUAAUAUGGCACAAAUGAAUUCUGAAAACAUAACUCAGCGUAUUAGAGAGUCAAUGCGAGAAAGCCAUAAAUGGACGAAUGAAAACUUUGGAAAGUUUGUGGCGGAAUUAGAUGACAAAGAUUGGCAGAGCGAUGUGAUUUUUUGGUCAGAUAAGAUUCAGAGUUAUAUGGGAACGUAA